UAUAGUGAAACCACAAAUGUUGCUCUCUUUUCUGCUGUCUUUUUUUGAGGGUCUAAAACUUUUGUUUGCAAGUUGAAAAGUUUUGCUUGCGACUUAAGCCGUCUCUCAGUGGGCAGUCUCUACCCACCAGGAUGAAAGGCCUUUUUCUUUUGGUCACUCUCGAUUGAAGUCACAGGUUGACCACGCCCACUCUGUUUCCCCCGGAAACCCCAACACUGGCGCUGCAGUCUGACAGAAGAGUGAGUGAGGUUGUAUCAUGACAAACAACAGGUUGUGUACCGGGAAUAAGAUUUGGUGUUGAUGGAGGAAGCACCAUUUACAAGGCAAAACCUUAGGCCUGAUGCAACAUCAUCCAAUGUCGCAAUCACCCUCAGGAGGCACUUGAAGACCAGUGCCUCAUAUGAACAGGAACAUUUCCAGUGUCAGAGGUAGACCUGUCAUGCCAGAUUUUGUGGAGAAUGGUAAUGACACCAGCCUGCAGCAUCGCCCAGUGGCCAGUCGGCAGUACUGCACUGUUUCCAACAGUGGAGUUCAGCGUCGCACCUCUGCCCCUCCAAUCAGUAUUGAGUCUCCUCGUUUUCACCCCCGGGCCAAAGGCAAAAAUAUCCGACUGGAUGCACAACUGCGCCGGGCCACCCGGAAGAACAGCUUCUGCAAUGGCAUCACCUUUAGCCAGCGUCCUGUGCGUCUGUAUGAGAAGGUGCGGUUGCACCUCUCAGGUGUUCACACAGGUUGGAGCGGAGCUCUACGUUUUGGUUUCACCAGCUUAGACCCUAGUGAGCUUGCCAUAGCUGACAUCCCCAAAUAUGCUUGCCCUGACCUGGUGACGCGGCCAGGAUAUUGGGCCAAAGCCCUGCCUGAGAGGCUGGCCAUGCGGGACAAUGUUGUGGCCUUCUGGGCUGACCGACACGGCCGGGUCUUCUACAGCAUCAAUGAUGGCGAGCCUAUCCUCUUCCACUGCGGUCUUAGUGUUGGCUGCCCGCUCUGGGCCAUCAUAGACAUCUAUGGAAUCACUCAAGAAGUUACUUUACUGGAGAGCACAUUUGCUGAGAGCGUGGGCACGAGCUGUCUGAGUAGCGCUCGACUCAGUGCCUAUCUUCCCCAAAGCAACCACGACUCGGCCAACUACAGCAACAACCAGCUAGAGAGCAACCAGGCCGCGGCAGCAAAAUUUGCUACGCUACAGCUCAGCAACUACAACCAGAUCAUCCCCUGCUGCUCCACGUCCACAACUCCCUCUUCAUCCACCUCCUUCAAUGUACAAAGGGCCGCCCGCGGGCUCCCCAUGCCCCUUGAUGCUGACCUGCAUUUUCACCCAGUGCGAGGCCCUGACGUGGUUCUCUCGAACGAUCGCACGGUUGCAUGUACACACUUCCUGGACAGCAGCAGGACGUUGAUGUUCAGUGACCGGCCCAUCCGGCUGGGCGAGACGCUGUAUGUGGAGGUGGGCCAUCUGGGCUUGCCUUAUUUUGGGGCUCUUCUCUUUGGUAUGACCUCCUGUGAUCCAGGCACUCUCAGUGCUGGAGAGCUGCCAGCUGACCCAGAGGUGCUUCUGGACCGCAAGGAGUAUUGGGUGGUCUACAGGGGUUUUCCUGUACCAGCAGCAGGCGAUGUGCUCAGCUUUACCUUUCUGGCCAAUGGGGAGGUGCAUCAUGGAGUCAAUGGAGGGACACGCGGUCGUCUCCUGUGUGUCGACUCCUCUCAGGUUCUGUGGGCCUUCUUCACACUGCAUGGAGCCGUGAACCGGCUCAGAAUAUUAGGAACUGUUCAGGCCAGCCCUCCCACCUCCCCAUUAGUGUCUCAGGCUUCAACGCCUGAUGAUAGUGACUCUGAUCUGGCUUUCACUGUCAACAGAUCCUCAUCAGCAUCUGAAUCCUCUCUAGUGACGGCUCCCAGUUCUCCUCUCAGUCCACCGGUUUCGCCAUCUCUUUCUGCAUCUGACACAGGCCUGAGCAGCAAGAGCAGUGAGUGCACAGUGUGUUUCGAUCAGGAGGUGGACACCGUCAUCUAUACAUGUGGACACAUGUGUUUGUGUAAUGACUGUGGACAGAGGCUCAAGAGACAGAUCAAUGCAUGUUGUCCGAUCUGUCGGAGACCUAUAAAGGAUGUCAUAAAAACCUACAGACCAUGAAGGGACUAAAACAUUUUCUAUCAAAUUAUUCAGUAAAAACCUUGGUAGCUGUGGUUUAAUAUCUGGACUAAACUUGUAUUUAAGACUGUGUGUGUAGCUUUGAUUUAUGUAGCAUUAAGCUCUUGUCCAUAUCUCUAUCACCUCAUACAUUAACGGUCAGAAGUUUGGGAUCAGUAAGACUUGUAAUGUUUUUUAAAGAAGUCUCUUAUGCUCAUCAAGGCUAAAUUUAUUUGAUCAAAAAUUCAGAAAGAAAUUGUAAUCUUGCAAAAUGUUGUUACAAUAUAAGCUAUUGGUUUCCAUUUUAAUAUCCUUUAAAAUAUAAUUUAUUUCUGUGAUGCAAAGCUGAAUUUCCAUCAGCAAUUACUCCAAUAAAAAGUGUCACAUGAUCCUUAAAGGGUUAGUUCACCCAAAAAUGAAAAUUAGCCCAUAAAUUACUCACCCUCAAGUCAUCCUAUGUGUAUAUGACUUUCCUCUUUCAGACGAAUCCAGUCUGAGAUAUUUUAAAAGUGGUCUUUGAUCUUUCAAGCUGUUUAAUGGCACUCACUGGUUGUUGCAGUGCUUCAGUCCAAAAGAAAAGUGCCAAUCUAUCAAAAAAGUGUCUCACACGGCUCCGAGGGGUAAACGAAGGCCUCCUGUAGCGAAUCGAUGCGUUAUUGUAAGAAAAAUAACCAUAUUUAUGACGUAAUAAUCACUUUAAUCUAGCUUGCACUCACUGUUGUACACGGAAGCCGUUUUGGGCGGAUGACGUAUGAGGUCAGCUUUUGACCGGUAGUGUAUAUGACCUUGGACCGCAAAAACAGUCUUAAGGGUAAAUUUUUCUAAAUUGAGAUUAAAUCAUCCUCUGAAAGCUGAAUAAAUUUGCUUUCCAUUGAAUGGUUUGUUAGGAUAGGACAAUAUUGAACAAUUUGAAAAUCUGGAAUCUGAG